CUGAAAUCAAAUAAAUAUGUUUAAAUAUUUGCUUAGGGUAACAAAAGAAGUUGAUGUAGAUUCAGAAGAAGCUAAGAAAUUUGAAAACAAAGAUGAAAAUAAAGCUGCCGAACAACCAGAAUCUAAUAAAAGUGCUCAAGUUGGCAUUAAACGUUCAAGUAAUAUAGGGAAUAUACUUGGAAAAGUUAUGGGAAAGAAGCCUAAAAUGACAACAUUGGAUAAAUCUCGAUUAGAUUGGGAAAAUUUUAAAAAGGAUGAAAAUAUUGAUGAUGAAAUAAAGUUACAUAAUAAAGGAAAAGAUGGCUAUUUGGAAAGACAGGCAUUCCUUCAAAGAGUCGAUUUACGUCAAUUUGAAGUAGAAAAGAGUAUUCGAGAAAUAAACCGAAGUAAAAGAUGACCUUGAUUAUCUGUUCUCAAUCAUCCUUAAUGACUAUGUAGCAUUCCAUGUUUUUUUCUUUCCUCUAUUUUCAAUCAUUCAUAUAUUCUCAUUUCAUAAAUCUAUAAAUGCAAUUUUUUUAAAAAAUUAUUGUAUGAUUACGGAUGAAACAGUCACAGAAAAUAGUAAUUAAAUAUUGUAUUUUGUUGGAUAUUUUAAUUAAUAAUUAACUAAUUUUAAAAUAUUUCUUAUAUUAAUCUGAACGAGAGCUAAUCAAUAGAACUACUGAAUGUCAACAGUUCUGUUGAUGUCUCUAGAGAGUUAUACUGAUAUCUAGAUGUAUGUAAACAGUGCAACUCUUGUGUAAACAGAAAAUUCAAAUACUAUUUGUUGUGUAAUUUUUUUUUUUAUUUUUAAUGAAAUAAAAUAUGUGAAAAAAAGAAAAAAAA